AUGAUUUGCGAAUCCGAGUGGAGAAUGAGCUUCAAUCUGUUCAGCUCGAUGGCUGAUUUUAAAGCCGCUGCAAUAGCCUUUGCCUCUGCUGCGAGAGCUGACGGGACGUGCCGCAAUCCCUCAGAGAAGCUUUCCAGAUUCAUAGCAAUCGGCGAUUGGAAGUGCCAGCCUAUUCCACUCUUGCCGGAGCUUGACUCCCAGGCCGCAUCAACAAAUACUCUCUAG